AUGCCCGCUUCUUUUGAGAGUUUUCGGAUUCGUCCAUCUUGCGAGACAGGGAGCCACGAACAAGAACACGCGAAGGUCCUCAAGGAGUUCAGCCUGUCACCUGCGAAAACAAGAAAUUCGCCUUCUGCUUUCUUCGGCAAGGUUAUGAAGGGACGAAGUGGGCUAUCGACAACAGCGGACUCUGGUGUCGCUCUUGUCUGCUGUUCGAAGCAACGGACAAGAUCUUUUGAAAGUAUUUCAGAGAAGCUCCAGGAAACAGUACCGUUUGUCACUGCACUUUGA